GUUGCGUGAGGAUUCGAGUUCGACAGCCUGAGAGCCAAUGGUGAUGAUGGUAGGUGUAGGAGUUGGAUGGGCUUCAGAUUUCAUCAGAUCCCAACAUCACUCGCUUUGUUGACUCCAAAACUACAAUGCAUAGUCGGACAGUGAAGUUGUGAUGGGGUGUAGAACUCCGUGCUGUGUCGCAGGCUUUGUCGGAGUAUUUGGUUGCGGUGAAGACUAAUCUUGAUUUCGGAUGGUUCAUAGACUUGGAUAGUACGAAGGUAAGCAAUGGUGGCAGUUGACAGCCAGGAGAUAAUGCCGGGGUCGAGUCCCUGUGAAGAGAAAAUCUUUGUAUUAGUUCGUCUCAGGCCCUUGAAUCAGAAGGAAAUUUCUAGGAAUGAUGUAUCAGAUUGGGAAUGUAUCGAUGACAACACCGUUAUCUACAGAAACAAUCUCUCUGUUUCAGAGCGGUCCAUGUACCCAGCUGCCUACACAUUUGACAGAGUUUUCCGGUGUGAUUGCUCCACAAGGCAAGUGUACGAGGAAGGAGCCAAGAAAGUUGCUCUUUCAGUUGUCAGUGGGAUAAAUGCAAGUGUUUUUGCAUAUGGACAGACAAGUAGUGGAAAAACAUACACUAUGAGUGGAAUUACUGAAUACUCAAUGGCAGAUAUAUACAGCUAUAUAGAGAAGCACAAGGAAAGAGAAUUUCUGUUGAAGUUUUCUGCGAUGGAGAUCUACAAUGAGUCUGUGAGAGACCUCCUCAGUGCAGAUAGUAGUCCUCUGAGACUUCUAGAUGAUCCGGAGAGAGGGACUAUAGUUGAGAAACUUACAGAGGAAACACUGAAGGACUGGAGCCACUUUCAAGAACUUCUUUCUGUGUGUGAAGCUCAAAGACAGGUUGGAGAGACAUGCCUUAACGAAGCUAGCUCAAGAUCACAUCAGAUUCUCAGACUGACAAUUGAAAGUUCGGCUCGUGAGUUCUUGGGGAACGACAAUUCAAGCACUCUUUCUACUACUGUGAACUUCGUGGAUCUAGCAGGAAGUGAGCGUGCAUCUCAGUCAUUAUCAGCUGGUGCGAGGUUGAAAGAGGGCUGCCACAUAAAUCGCAGUUUGCUGACUUUGGGAACAGUUAUCCGAAAACUGAGCAAGGGAAGAAAUGGACAUAUUCCUUUCCGAGAUUCCAAACUGACUCGUAUUCUGCAAUCCUCACUGGGAGGAAAUGCUAGAACUUCCAUCAUCUGUACAAUGAGUCCAGCCCGAAGUCAUGUUGAACAGUCACGAAAUACGCUAUUGUUCGCAAGUUGUGCUAAAGAGGUCGCCACAAAUGCACAGGUCAAUGUUGUUGUGUCUGAUAAAGCUUUGGUAAAGCAUUUACAGAGAGAAUUGGCUAGAUUGGAGAGUGAGCUGAGAAAUCCAGGACUAGCUUCUGUUUCAUCUGAUACUGCUGUGCUGCUUCGAGAAAAGGAUCUCCAAAUUGAGAAGCUCAAGAAAGAGAUUGCAGAAUUGUCUCUGCAGCGAGACCUUGCUCAGUCUGAGGUUCAGGAUUUGCACCGAUUGGUUGUGGAUCACAAAUCUUCAAUUGCACAGGUGGAUGCAUGCAGUGAUUACCCUAAACUUCAUGUGCGAGGUUCAUGGGAACUCAAGCGCCCAAUUUUAGAUACUCAAAACCGAGCAGAUAAUGAGUAUUUGGAUGUUGGUAUCUUAACAAUUGAUUCAUGUCAAUAUUCAGAUCAACACAGUAGGAGUGACUUAGAUGGGCAUAUGAUCCACAUUCCCGACUUCGAAGAGAACUCUUUACUCUCGGACCCCUCUUCACAGCUCUCAAUUCGGAUAUCUCACUCCAGGCGAAAUAGCAUAUGUCCAGAGGACAUUGGAGAGUACACUGAUGAAAAUUCUGAGGACUUUUGCAGAGAAGUACGCUGCAUUGAGAUGGAAAAGCCAAACUCAAACUGCCAUGGAAAUGGUGGUAUGUCAUCAGUGGAGGAGACGGCAGGCAUCUCAGACUAUAUUGUGGUUGAGGAAGGUGAUGUAGAAAAAGAGAAAUUGGGAUCACCAACUUUGGAGGAAGCUAGACAGUUAGACAGUGUCCAUCAAGAAUAUGUAGAACCUUCUCUUGAAAAAGCAUAUUCGAUGAUGCAGGAGAAAGAGUUACCUACAUCCAGAAGUUUCAAGCUAGUCAGGAGUAGAAGUUGUGAGUCAGGCCUUACAAAUAUUUCAUUUUCAAUUGAGGAGAUGGAGAUAAACCAUAGCACACCUCCCCCUCGAUAUGAAAAGGAAUGUCCUGGAAGACCUGAGGGAUGUCAGAGAAAGUUUCCUUCACUGAAGUGUGUGUCCAAAGAAAAUUUGUCUGGUGGUGGUUCUCAUAAUUCACUGGAGGAUUCUUUGGAUUAUGAGCUUCAAGCAGAUAAAAGUCAGGCAGUUGAGAAAUAUGACAGCAGUAUGGAUUCCGCUUCUGAAUUAGAGGAGUCCAUUGCUCAGCAGGAGGAUCAACCUAGUCAGCAUGGGGUACAUGAUAUAAAACCAAAUGUGAUUGCAUCUACUAAACACGUUAAGGAUGUUGGCUUGGAUCCAAUUGAAGAUGAUACAGAAGGUUCUUUGGAAUGGCUUUCACACUUCAAAAACUUGCAGAAGGAGAUCGUCAAACUAUGGAAGGAAUGCAAUGUCUCAUUAGUUCACAGGAGCUACUUUUUCCUUCUGUUUAAAGGUGAUCCGACGGAUUCCAUCUACUUGGAGGUAGAGCUCAGGAGGUUGUCAUUUCUUAGGGAUAAAUCUGCUCGUUGUAAUCAAGCUCUGGAAGAUAGUCAGGCCUUGACUGCUGUUUCAAGCAUACAAGAUCUUCGUCGUGAGAGGCAGAUGCUCACCAAGCAGUUGCAAAAGAAGCUCACCAGGAAAGAUAGAGAGAUGCUCUUCCAAACUUGGGGGAUCGGUUUGAAUACCAAGCAUAGAAGUUUGCAGUUAGCCCACCGGUUGUGGUCUGACACAGAAGACAUGGACCAUGUGGCUGAGAGUGCCAAAAUUGUUGCAAAGCUUGUUGGUUUUGUUCAGCCAGAGGAAGCUUCCAAGGAGAUGUUUGGCCUCAACUUUACACCUUGGCGAUCAAAAACAAAACUUCGUAAGUGGAAAAGCACUAUGAUGUCUUUCUUGUGAAGCUUUGUUUUGGAUGCUAUUACUUUUGCGGAAUGGUGACGAAAUCGCUUCUCCAACUAUCUGAGGUGGUUUGAAUUCCUUUUAACUGGUAAUAUGUAUGUAAUGAGAUGCAGGUCAUUGUACAAAAGCUUUGUAAUAUUCUCUUGAACAAAUGAGGGCUUGCAGGUCCUCUCACCGGUCCUGGCUCUCUAACGUAUGUAUGGGCGCAUGAAUGAUGUUAAUUGGACUAAUAUAAUACUGUUUCUAUUUCUUCCA